AUGGAUGACAAUGUGUCACAUUCAUCAGUUUUUCUUUUCUUUUCUUUCUUCCUGCUUAUCUUCUUUCUUUUUUCUUUCUUUCUUUCUUUCUUUCUUUCUUUCUUUCUUUCUUUUCAGUUGAUAUAUAGUUUCUUUCAUUCCGUCGAUAAAUUUUCCCUUCUUUCUUUCUUUCUUUCUUUCUUUCUUUCUUUUAUAGAGAUGUGGGAUGGCAAAUUAUUUUUAGUUGUCAUUUUAUCUAUCUAUCUAUCUAUCUAUCUAUUUUACUGUGACACGAUUCACUGUUACAUCCGCUAUCUAUCUAUCUAUCUAUCUAUCUAUCUAUCUAUCUAUCUAUGUGGAUCUAUGUAUCUUGUCAAGCGGAUGAAUGUCAUUAUCUGUUUUAUUCCCGAGCCCGUCGCGGGAUUGAACCUCGCACCACCACGUUUCUCUCGCCAAACUUUAUCCGCUCGAAACGGGUCGCGUUCAUUUCCCCUUCGCUCCCUUCUUCUCGCUCUCCUUUGCUAUCUAUCUAUCUAUCUAUCUAUCUAUCUAUCUAUCUAUCUAUCUAUCUAUCUAUCUAUCUCAAUCUCUCCGGAAUCCUUCAAAAAUUCAUCUAAAUUACUUCAUAUCUAUAGCAACGUAUUCAUGCCUAUCUAUCUAUCUAUCUAUCUAUCUAUCUAUCUAUCUAUCUAUCCCAGCCUGCUCAUAUCUAUCUAG